AUGAACUUACGGGCAAGUCUGAAAAUAUUUCUCGUAGUUUUGGGUUUUCUUUCUUUCUUUUUUUACCCUUCCGAAUCAAAAUAUGUUAUCGGACAUUUAAUAACAAAAGAGCACUGGCAUUUUCUGGCAAGAUUCUGUUUUCUGUCAGGAGAAGAUCAAAAUCGUAUUGGCUCAGUCGACUACAAUUUCACAUUUCCAGCUAGCUAUGAAGGCAUGGAGCUAUACUUUUAUUUUGAUGACCAAUGGAAAGACGUUUACAAAACUGACAAGAAAUGUAGUGAAAAAAUCAGUGUGCUACGGCGUGAUUAUUUUCAAAUAAUGCAAUUAUCUGAAAAUUACCAGUGGUCAGGUUGCAAACGCUACAACAGUAGUGGAUAUGUUUAUCUCCACUGCCAAGGUACACGCAACUUUCGAUCUUUCCGGCCACGAUGGUGGUUCAUUACAGUUGGACGAUGCAAACCUGAGAACAAUAAUGGCAUCAACUUGUCAUACAAUCUUCAUUUGACCAAUGGAGCCAAGGGAGAUUACUUUUUCCGAGAAUUGUCAGCAGAUCAAUUUACCAUAUUGGAAGUGGAUAUAGCAUUCCUCAUAUUUUUCAGCUUUAUGACUUGUGUUGCUGUUGUCUUUUCAGCUAUGCUACGUAGCCGCCAACUCUAUCAUUCCACAUACAAGAUGUUCAUCGUGUCCCUUGUUGCUUACAAUGGUUACUUUUUCUUUAUCUGCAUUCAUUAUGGGAGGUAUCUGCAAACAGGACUGGAAGAAAGGGAAUGCAAAGUCGUUGCUUAUGUGUGUCAAGCAUUCAGUGUUCUCACUUUCCAACUUCUCUUGAUUCUACUUGGAAAAGGUUACACAAUCACUCGGGGACAAAUUAGUCGUACAGGCUCUAUAAAAAUUGCUGUUUUUAUGACUGUCUAUGUUUUUGUCUAUGCUUGUAUCUUUCUUUGGGAAACAGAGUUCUUUGAUCCUGGAAUGGUCUUAUACCGCUAUGAAAGCCCGCCUGGUUAUGGUCUGAUUGCCAUGCGUAUAAUUGGUUGGUUGUGGUUCUGUUUUGCUAUUGUUACAACUGUCAAACACCAUAUUGAGAAGUUGCAGUUCUACAUAUUCUUCUUCUUUACCUUUACACUUUGGUUUUGGGCCAGCGGUAUCACAUUUGUUGUUGCAAUAAAUGCAGUUCCAUGGCAUUUGCGAGAAAAGAUAGUUAAUGGUGUAGAAAUAGCAAUUGAUUUUUCAGCACACUUAAUUUUUUUGAUACUUACAAGUCCAUUAUUGUUUAAUAAGAUGUUUCCAUUUCACAUCAGGACAACACAGAUUGUUCCCAGUGAUUCAGAUAGCUCAUCAUCUGGUAUGGAUACAGAAAUACAGACAAUUCAGCUUUCAACAGUGUCAUCAUCUUACUUGAUGGGCCAAGGACCUAAUAUUGCAAACAUGUUCAUUACAAGUAACACACUUACAACAAAGCUCCCUAACCAAGACUUGCCAGAUAAUAAUCUUACACGCCCUGUUAUGCCGCUGCCUUCUGCUCCUAGUCCUCCUCCUUCCUACGAUGCCUUAUUUCAGACAAGGACACAUGAACCAGUCAAGAAAUGA